GUCACUGCACCACGCGUGGACGCGACGUACGCGCUAGGCUGAAUGAUUUGAUUGUCUUUGCCGGUUUUUAUUAGUGAUUUUUUGUGUUGUGUGGAGAUUGUUAUAAAAAAUAAUCCCGCCAUCCGUCACUAGCGGAAACAACAGACAACAAUGUGGAUUCGGCUGUGUGUAGCGGUCGCAGUUACAUGUCGGAUCUUCGCUCAGCAUGUUGAUACGAGAGUCCGCCAACGCGACGGGAGUUUCGAGUGGGGCUGGCAGCUGACCCCGCCAGGCGAGGGAGUCGGGACUGGCACCGCUGGACAUUAUUACGUAAAAUUACCACAGUCGGAGCAGCGAGUCCGGUACGCGGCUGAUGGUAGUGGCUACCACGGCGCGGUGGUGGUCAACACCACUGAUGACCAUCACACACAUACCAGCAACGUAGCCGUUGGACAAAGAGCCCUGGAGCUCAAUGAACAACAGGAACCUGAUAUGUACCUCAGCCCGCCGAAGCCAAGCCCUCAGACCCAACAUCACACCAGCCAACCAGUCGACAUCUAUCUGUUGCAGCAUCAGUACACAUCGGACGAACCUGAUUUGGUACAGAUACCUCCCUCGCCCACAUUCCUCACCCCUAACCUAACCCCCCUCUAUAACAUAAGAACAAACCACCCCCAAAACGCGAAAUCCGACGCAACUGAAGAAAACUCGAAACCUCUUCGCAAAGAGGUAGACAGAGAACCCCAACCUACAGUGCGAGUAUUUAAGAAUUGCACCCACAGCUCUAAACUUGCGAAGGAAACUGUAAGUGAAAUUCGUAAAACUAAAGAUUUUUAUGCAGAAGUCCCGUCUUACGACACUAGAGAUAUUUCGGGAAACUUCGGAGCUAAAGAGGAACCAAAAAGACACAUAACUUACAGAGGAGCGGUUCACUAUAGAGUAGAAACUCCAAGACCGCACGCAAGGAACGAAAGAUUUUAUUACACAACUGAUAGAAUACCUACUGUCACUGAAAACGUUAUUAAUGUAACUCAAGAAGGAAUCGACAAACUUGUAGCAUCCACGCAAGAUUUGAUAUCUAAUGAAGAUUUGCUUCGUAUUAAUCACGCUAUUGAGAAAUACAUUAGUGAUACUAAUGAUGACAUUAUUAAACCUAAGUCAAGAUUCACUGUGAGAGCGCAGCAAAAUAAUUUUGGAGAAAAAACUGCAGCAAGUCAUGUAUCAGUGCAACAGAAAGUAGAGAAUAUUGUUAAAGGUGAUAUUGAACUUUCCGACACAGACAAAUCAAAUAAUCAAGUACUUCAGACAGAUUCCGGUAAUUAUAAAUUUGUAACACCGAUUAUUGUUCAAGAUUCACCAUACAAUAACGCUAAAGAGCAGAUUGUUAAUAAUCUUGUUUCAACUAUGGUUCCCUACAUUGCAAAUGGUUACGAAAUUAUUGGAGUUAGAGAUACUUUCGAAAAUACUACGUAUGUUGAUACUGAGGGUGCAACAGAAGAGAUAGUUAAAGUAACCCCAAGACCAGUAAGUCAAAAUUACUUGGCACCUAUUACGGUAGCUUUGAGAUUGCUUAAUGCAAACGAUAGCGAAGAUUUGGACCCCCCAGCAGACUCAGUAGAGGAUCAUGAACCUUCUGACAGUGAAUUGAUCGCUGAUACAGUAGAAGUUCCAAAGAAAGAAAAGACAAUCGUCGAAAUCCAAGAAUCAAUUCCCGUUGAAAUAACUCAUAUAAACGAUGUUGAAGUUCACGAAUAUUUAGAUGAAGGGAGAAGCAGCAAAGGCCCUUUUGAUGUGGCUCAAAGCUUGUAUAACAAAUAUAUUGAAGCAUUGAAAUGGAAGAAAGCGCAGGAAGACGCUAAUAAUGCUGUGAAUAAUAAUGAUUAUGAGAAUGAUAAUGGCGAAAAAGAUGACGACUACAAAGAUUCCAAAGAAAACUUAGAAACGAGUGAAAACAUGCAGACUGAAGUGGAAGUGAAACCCGCUGAAGACGCCAGCAAUGAAAGAAGUGAAUACGUGCAGUACUAUAAUGAUUAUAAUAGUGAUAAUCAAAAGAUAAUUCAACCUAUCAUUAUUGAGAAGGAAGUACCUGUUACUAAAUUCGUUGAUAGAUUUAUUGAGAGACAGGUACCUUACCCAGAGAGGGUAGAGGUCCCAGUGCCAGUAGACAGGCCAGUUCCCGUAGCGGUUCCGGUCGAAAAAGUCGUUGAAAAACCAGUUGAAGUCACUCGUUACGUAGAUAAGCCCUACCCGGUUGAAAUAUCAAGACCUUACCCGGUUGAGGUAAAAGUACCUUAUCCGGUAGAACAGAAGAUAUACGUCGACAGGCCAGUACACAUUCCAUACCCUGUAGAGAAAGUCGUAGAAAAACAAAUAUUACAACCAGUUCCUAUACCUACCCCUGUGGGUAUUCCGGUCGAGAUCCAAGUUCCGGUUGAGCACAAAGUGUUGUACCCGAUAACAGUAGAAAAACGGGUUCCCGUGGCUGUUGAAGUUGAAAAACCCGUACCAGUGGAAAAGAUUGUACACAAGGAAGUAAGAGUACCUUAUCCAGUAGAAAAGAAAGUACCUUACCCAGUUCCGUAUGAAACAAAAGUCCCCGUACCUUACCCGGUUGAGAAGAAAAUACAUGUACCAGUUGAGAAAAUUGUCGAAAAACCAGUAACUGUUACUAAAAUUGUUGAAAAACCUGUGCACAUAGAGGUGCCUAGACCGGUAGCCGUUCCUGUGCAUGUACCCCAUCCGUAUCCUGUUGAUAGAAUUGUGGAGAAAAAAGUACCUUACCCAGUUCCGGUAGACAGAAUAGUUGAAAAGAAAGUGCCAGUACAAGUUCCCUACCCCGUUGAAAAGAUAGUAGAGAAAAUAGUUGAGAAACCGGUUGUGGUAACAAAAUAUAUUGACAAACCAUACCCGGUUGAGAGGAGAGUACCCUAUCCAGUCGAAAAAGUUGUCGAGAAAAAGGUACCUUAUCCAGUCCAAGUUCCGGUUGAGAUCAAAGUACCUUACCCGGUUGAAAAGAUUGUAGAGAAACCAGUACAUAUUCCGGUCCACGUGUACCAUUACAUGCAAGAAACAGACGAAUCCAGAAACAAUUACCAAUAUCAGAAACCAGGAGUACAGAACCAGGCAAGAGCUCAGUCUCAAUUACAAGCCUUAACUCAGUACUAUCAGUUAUUAAAAGAAAGGCAAAAACCAAACAUCCAAUCAACUCAUUGGGGCAACUACGCCUCAAACUUUCAAAACAAUACAAACAAACCUGAUUUAAAAAAAGCGCAAACCUUAACUAAUUAUAUCAAUUAUUUGACAAACUCACAGUACAAUCCUUACCAAAACUAUGCGCAGCAAAAUCAAAACCAAAUUAAUGAGAAAAAUAAGAAUUAUGUACUCGAACUUAAGUUACGAAGGACGGAUAGAGUUCCGAAAAUGACUAACUUAAGAAUUGAGUAUGGAGGAUUCAAGCCUCCGUUAAUACCUAGCACUGAGGUCGAUUUGGACGGGAUACCGAUAAAUAAGGAGAUUUAGGUAAUUUGGAAAUAUUUUUCUGCUUAAAAUCAGUUAUUACCACGUCUAAGCCGUAAUAUAUUUUCUUUGCGACACCAUAUUCAGAGCGUGUAGAUUCAUGUAUCAUUUGUUUUAUUUCUCUAAAUAUUAUGGUUUAAUUAUUUCGAGAGGUUAGAGCAAAAUUAGUCUAUUAAGAUAAUUUAGCAGUUAUAAGAUUUUGAGUUACAAUUAUUGUUAUCCUCAUGUUUGUAUCAUUACACACAUCACAAAUUCAUCAACAUCCACAAAAGACUUUCAACUAUAAUUAAUAAUAAUAUAUUGUACCUAAUUUAAGUAAGAUGCUUUACAAUAUUCGUACAAUCGCUAAAACCCAAAUAUAUAAACAAAAGAAGAUACCAAACUCUUUGAAAAUGAUAAUCCAAAUUUAGAAUAUUCUAGAUUUAUUUAGUUUUAAGGCAUUCUAGUUUUAGACUUGUAUAAGUUGUGUUAACUUCAGUCGUUAGAUGUUUAGGUUACAAAUUCUGAAAUCAUGUCGCGUCGUCCUCUUUUGACUUGGACUUUGAUGGUAGUUAAUGUAAGUACCUAAACAGAAAUAAAGAUGGACAACACCUGAUAGAUAAAAUAAGCCAUAGUCGUUAUUAAAAUAAUUUAUUAACAUUUGUUAUUAAUUUUAAGCCCGUAUUUAAACAGUAUUUUUAGUAUACAGGGUCAUUUUGGUAUUGCGUUAAUAAAUAAUACUCGCCUUCACAUCUGCUAACAUCGUGCCAAAAUUCAUGAACCGAUAUUAAAAAAAAAAACGAUUUUACUAUACGUAUUUUUGGUCAUUUUGUUGUUGUGAGUGCGUGUAGGUAAUAGGUAUAUCUGACUGAAUGUAUGUACUAUAUUUUUUGCGAACAUAUUUUUUUUAUUUUACAUUUACGGUUUGAGUAACAGCAUGUAAAAUUAUUUUCAAGAAAUAAGUUUGCAGUUUUAUUUAGUAUAUAACGCAAUAUGAAAACGACCCUGUCUACUGCAUCGUUUAGUUAUUAAUUAUAGCUAAGUCACUAAGUUAUAAAUAAUGUAAACGCGCCAUUGUGACUUAUUACUUUAAAAUAAGGUUGUAAAUACGUUUUUAUACUUUUAUAAUAAAUAUAUUUUUUAUAAUUGAAUAUUUUAUAACCUUAUCCCUGUGCUCUCCCAUAGAUAUUAUCUGGAUAUUUUUGAUACAAUUAUUUAAUCUAAAAUUUACCCCAUUUUAUCCAGUUUUAUAAUUGCCUCGAUGGAAUACAAUUAUGUAUUGCAUGCACAGUUCAACUGUUCCGAGGUACCGGGUUCGAAUUCCGGAGUAAAUGGGUUUU